GAGCUAACUUUGUGCGCAUGAGCACGAAGUGAAAUCUUGCAUGAGGGCAUUGGAAACUAAGAAAAACUAAUUGGGGUCAGUCGAGAGGUUCUUUUUAAUUGUACUUUCGUGUUAUGCAAUCGUAAGUCCAAACAACUCUGUAAAUUGCAUGUGAAACAUUCCGUGGUGUUUAGGGAAUCAGAUAAAACUGAACAACGUAAAGGAAAGUUUGUUUCUGCGUUCAUCCAUCCGGCUUGCAGUAUUCCUGGUGAGCAGUAAGCUGGAUUUGAUGUGUGGCGUUCACAUGACAUCAGUACCUGCCAGCGUGGAUGUGACAGCGACAGUCACCCGCACCCAUGGCUGGAAUGGAUCACUUUAACGGCAGUGCGUCAGAAAGCAGAGACGGAUCUGCGAGCACAGAAAAUGACCAGGACUCUGUUGCGCCGUACUGCCUGGAGACUCCCUAUGGUUUUCAGCUAGACUUGGACUUCCUCAAAUAUGUAGACGAUAUUCAGCGGGGUAACACAAUCAAGAAGUUGAACAUCCAGAGAAAGCCCAAAGUGGUCAGGCCCCCUGUGGCACCACAGAACGAAUGGAUCUCAACCGAGUCCCUGUCCUCGUCCAACAGUGAUGAGAGCAAGCAGGCCUUGUACAUAUCCUCAGCUAGAAAGCAACCUGACCCCCCUCAAUGCAGAACGGCCUCGAUUCAUGAGGCCCCCGUGGCUUUUUUGAGCGGCCCCGAGGCUAAGCUUCAGCCACCCCCCUCCCCUGGCGCGGGCAGGUAUAAUCUGCAUGUGGAGAAGACGCUUAUGGAGACACGCAGACGACUGGAGCAGGAGCGGCUGCUCAUGCAGGCCCCCGUCAACGAUCCCCCUCGCCGGCGAUUGGCCAGCUUUGGGGGCAUGGGAUCGAACAGCUCCUUGUCGUCUUUCACGGGAUCGAAUGUCCAGAAUCAGACCUUCCAUAACGGACACCAGCCCAAUGGUGAUCUCAACCUCUUCUUCAAUUCAUCCGUGGGCAGCUCCAUCCGCCAUAGCCCCAUGAGUUCAGGAAUGACCACCCCGGUCACCAACGUCAGCCCCCUGCACCUGCAGCACAUCCGGGACCAGAUGGUCGUGGCGCUGAAGAGGUUGAAGGAACUGGAGGAGCAGGUGAAGACCGUCCCAAUCCUGCAGGUGAAGAUCGCUGUCCUGCAGGAAGAGAAGAGGCAGCUGGCCUUGCAGGUGAAUAACCAAAAACCAUCCAGUCAGAACCAGGAUGGCACUUUCCGGAAACGGUCACACAGCGUAGGGAGUGCUGACCACUUCGAGCAGCUCUCCCAGGUCCGGCUGGAGUCAGAGCUGCACAUAGACUCUGAGGAUGAGCUGGAGAGCAAGGUCAGGAGCUCCCAGAGACUGGAGGAGUUCAGGCAGCUGACUGCGGAAAUGCAGAAGCUGGAGAAGAAAUUUGAGGAUAAUAACUGUGAAGCUCAGCGCAGUCUACACCCAAUUGCAGCAUUGAAGCAGCCAAUCAGGGAGUGCAGAUCCAUCUCCGUCGGGGAGGAUGAGAACAUGGAUAACGUAGUUGUUUAUCGCAAGUCAUCGGAUCGGAUCAGGGACGUAGCCGUGGCGACAGAACUGGAGACUGCAAGCACAGCGGUCGGGGUGACGGAGGCCAUGCUGGGCGUGACUACAGAGGCCGAGACGGAGAUUGAGAUACAGCAUCAGACUAUCGAGGCCCUCAAGGAGAAGAUCUACAGGCUGGAGGUGCAGCUGACCGAGGCCAUGCACGCGGUAGAGAUGGGCAAGCUGAAACUGGAGCUUCAGGCGGCGGGAUCCAAGAAGAAAGCUGACAAGGGGACAAUGGCCAGGCCAGACACUUACAGCACAGCGGUAGAAGCUAAAGUGGAGAUGCAAAAUCAAGGAGUGGGACACCACAGGGAUUUUACUGUUGCGGUGGGAGUGUCGUGCGUGCCAGAACUGCACGACAUUGCUGUAGGUCCUGAAGUCCCUAUGGAGCGAUGGGUUGUGCAGGAAAGAGUGGAAACUCAUGAACAGGGUACCGGAAUACACGUUGUAGUGUCUAACCAGUGUGUUGGGGUAAGUCCGAAUGUGUGUGAAGUGGGAGUCAACACAGAGGAGACCGUGGACUGUUUGGGCCUUUCCAAAUAUGGGCCUGAACAGAGUAAGGAUUACAGGUCAGUCGGAGUGGGUGAUUGUUCAGUGGAUGUGAUGGUCUGUCCUGUGAAAGAGCUGGUUUCUUGUGGCACAGAAACAGAUCAGGUGAUAAAGGUUGACUUUGGAGUCACAGUCGUACCCCAGGCUACCUCUCAACACACAAACACAGUGGUAGAUGCCAGAAACAAGUUCACCAGUACGGAAAGGGUUGUUUUCACUGACUCCAGUACAAACACAAGUCGACACACUCAUGACAAAAACACCAGCACAGUUCCAGUCGAGACCAGGUCGGUGUCUGUGGGAGACGGUCGUGUGAAAGAUCUAAAGACUGCUGUUAAAACACGAUCUAUUGCAGUGGGGACUUCAGUCAGGGCAGACACUGCUCUGGACAAGCAGUCUGUGGCCAAGACGAAAGAUAGUGGGGUUGGGCUAGCCAACAUAAAUGAGAAUUUUCUGGUUGGCUUGAAAACAAGGAACAUAGCUUGUGGCCCCUCUCGCUUACCUGAUCCUACCAAAACGAGGAGCAUUGGAGUCGGGGAGGAGAGAGUGUGGGAAGCGGCCCAAACGCAGCAGCAGUCUCCACCGGAGACAGCGGCCGGUCUGGACCACUACAUCGAGAGGGUGCAGAAGCUCCUGCAGGAACAGCAGAUGCUGCUGGCAGAGAACUACAGCGAGCUAGCAGACGCCUUCGGCCAGCCUCACACCCAGAUCGGCUCCAUCAACAGUCAGCUGGUCAACACGCUGUCCUCCAUCAACUCCGUGAUGAAGUAUGCCAGCACGGAGGAGCUCCGCAGCCUUGACAUCCAGAAGCAGGGCCCGGACUCUACGGGCGCCAUUGCAGAAGGGGGUAAGCCUCAGAUGGUCAGUGGGGCCUGUUCCCACACGAGCAUGACUGUCCAGUCGGUGAAGAAGGUCACGCAGGUGCAGUCCGUGGUGUCUGACAACACGAGGCCUGCCAAACAUCCGCAGAGCAUAUCUAUGCAGAAGAGCCUGAUAGAUCAGCAGAUGUCAUCUGCUUUACACGGACUGGGUAACCAUAAUACUCUCAAGUCCAUCAUGAAGAAGAAAGAUGGCCGACAGGGUUCCGACGGCACCAAAAAGAACCUGCAGUUUGUGGGCGUUAAUGGAGGGUAUGAGACGACGUCGAGCGACGACUCCAGCUCGGAGGAGAGCAGCUCAGAAGAGUCUGAGGAGGAAGCCGAGGAGGAGACGCAUUGUGCAGAAGAGGAGGCGGAGCAAAGGAGAGCGGAGGAGUUCUGUAAUGAUGGUGCCAUGAAUGUUGGAGGAGGAGAUGGGGAGAGAAGUCCAGAAAAAGUGGAAAUACGAGAGAGGUAUGAAUUAAGUGAGAAAAUGAUGUCAGCGUGCAGCGCGCUGAAAUCCCACUUGAACGACCCGAAGGCUUUAACCAGCAAAGAUGUGAGAGCUAGCCUGAACACCCUCCAGCAUGAGUGGUUCCGAGUGUCCAGUCAGAAGUCCGCCGUGCCAGCCAUGGUGGAGGACUACAUCUCCGCUUUCAAAGCCGUUUCGCCUGCCGUGCUUCGACACGUCGUCAACUUGGCCGACGGCAACGGCAACACGGCCCUUCACUACAGCGUGUCCCACUCCAACUUUGACGUCGUCAAGAAGCUGCUGGACGCAGAUGCCUGCAAUGUCAAUCAGCAGAACAAGGCAGGCUACACUCCCAUCAUGCUCGCUGCCCUGGCAGCAGUGGAGGCACCAAAGGACAUGCAGAUCGUGGAGGAGCUCUUCAGUAAAGGGGAUGUAAAUGCCAAAGCUAGUCAGGCUGGUCAGACGGGGCUCAUGCUGGCGGUCAGUCACGGGCGGAUGGAGAUGGUCAAGGCCCUGCUGGCCUGCGGGGCGGACGUCAACAUCCAGGACGACGAGGGCUCGACCGCCCUCAUGUGUGCCAGCGAGCACGGCCACGUGGAGAUGGUGAAGCUGCUGCUCGCCCAGACCGGAUGCGACGCCACCCUCUGCGACAACGAUGAGAGUAAUGCCCUGUCCAUUGCUCUUGAGGCUGGGCACAACGAUAUCGCCAUGCUGCUGUACGCCCACGUGAACUUCUCCAAAGCCCAGUCCCCGGGGACCCCUCGUCUUGGGAGAAAGGUGCCUCCGAGCCCCACUCGGAGGACUGCGUUUGAGUAGUGUGAACGCCCCCCCCCCCCCCCCCCCCCCCACCUCUUCCCCAGCUCCAGCUGCUGCUAUUGGUUCAUGUUAACCUGAACACAACUGAAUGAAUGUAUUUACAAGCGGAUAUCUCUGUGCCUGAGCUCACCAGCAUUUACCAACAGUAGAGGAAAGAAAGCAUUGUGCUUAUUCUAAAUUGUUAUUCGACUGGAAGUGUUCAAUCUAGCUUUUACUUCACACACUUAUAUAUGGAAAGUAGUUGGUCUGUGUUAUCCUUCAGUAUUGUUUCACUUUUUAAUUGCCAAUCUAUACUGUCAGUAGAACCCAUGUAUAUAAAGGAGAUUUCAGAUCCUGGAACGUACUGGUUAAAGGCAGUGUAUUUUUUUUCUCUUUUGACUUUUUGUACAAAUAUAAUUUCUCCUCUACCUGUCCUCUAUAUUUUGAGAUGCAGAACCUCUUACCCAGGUGCCUUUGAAUAAUACAGUGAUAUGGAUUGAAUAUAUCUGAUUUUCAUAUAUGUAUUCAUAUCUAUAUUGGAUAAACUGUCUUUUGUAAAAGAUCAUUUAUAUCUAUUUAAAAAUCACUCUAUUUGUAUUAUUUCAGAUUCCCUAAAUUAGGAGAAGUCUAAUAUUUAUAAGUUAAGUAGAUGAUAGUUUUUAAUGUAUACACAUAUUUUAUUUCACCAUAUAGACUGUAUUUUAGAGCAAUUACAUGUGUAAAUGUACCAUUAAUAAACUUUCUAAGCAGGUGCUUGUAUUUAAAUAUCUUAAGUGCCUUGCAACUGCCAUAUAACAAAAUAAAGUUCUCUGAAUUGCCA